UCAAGCCUUUGUAGAUAUCACGCAAUACAAAGCAUCUUGCAAACCUAAUCUCGAAUCUCAAAUCUCAAAUUUGUGCUUUUCACCUCUAGAAAGAAUCAAUGGCGCCCAAGGCAGAGAAGAAGCCCGCAGAGAAGAAACCAGCCUCCGAGAAGCCGGUUGAAGAGAAAUCGAAAGCCGAGAAGGCUCCGGCGGAGAAGAAACCAAAGGCCGGGAAGAAGCUCCCCAAGGAAGCCGGCGCGGGCGGAGACAAGAAGAAGAAGAUGAAGAAGAAGAGCGUCGAGACGUACAAGAUCUACAUCUUCAAGGUGCUGAAGCAGGUUCACCCCGACAUCGGAAUCUCGAGCAAAGCGAUGGGGAUCAUGAACAGCUUCAUCAACGACAUCUUCGAGAAGCUCGCUGGCGAGUCCUCCAAGCUUGCGAGGUACAACAAGAAGCCUACCAUCACUUCUAGGGAGAUUCAGACCGCGGUGAGGCUUGUGCUGCCUGGAGAGUUGGCGAAGCACGCUGUCUCGGAGGGAACCAAGGCGGUUACGAAGUUCACGAGCUCUUGAGCUAUGAGUUAGGGUUUUUCUCUUUGUUUCGAAUGUCUGAAUUAGAUAAUGGUCCAUGUUUGGUUUCCCAGUUUUCACGUUUUGUAAAGUAUCGGUAUUGAUGUGUUUGGAAUCAUUGUCAUCUCUUUUGUGUCUUUAAUCCUAUGCGUUGCGAUUUGUAUUUUCUCUAAUAGAAUUGGGUCCUAGCAGUUAUGGUCA